AUGAAUCCGGCAUUUUUGGGUGCAUAUCUGAUGACUGUUUUCAAUGAAAGCCCGAGCGAGGCCAGCUAUGAGAAGUUUCAUCCACGAUACUGGCCUGCAAGACGAAAGGCGUGGAUAAUCAGCGUCCUUGUAUCUCUAGAAUUCUUCGUCACAAUCAUAGCCACUACAGGUUCUGCUGCGGUGCACUAUGCGCUUUCAGACUUUCCCGAUGACAGCAAAAAGGCACUCAUGGCCUCCUUCGUGUCGACAUACUCCUUUGGACAGGCUGUUGGGAGCAUCCUGAUUCCACAAUUUACCGAGCCGUUCGGUCGUCGGCAGUUCUACAUCUGGUCAACGGCCGCAUUCAGCAUGACUUGCGUAGUAACAGGAGUAACGCCUUCGAUUGUUGGUGUGGCCUUUGGGCGUUUUCUCGGCGGCCUGGCAUCUUCCGUUCCUGCUGUUGUCGUGGCUGGCUCAGUCGAAGAUUUAUUCGACGAACAAAGCAGAAUUUGGUUAAUCUGGCUGUGGAAUUGUCUUACAGUAGCUGGACAAGUGAUUGGGCCGGUGUACAGUACGUAUAUCGCUGCAAGAUUUGGCUGGUCUUGGGUAUAUUAUGUUGCCGCCAUCGUCACAGCAGUAAUGCUCCCUCUUGUCGCUUUGACUCCGGAGACUCGACACUUCGAGGUACUCGAAAAGCAUGCAUCAAAAAUUUCGCACUCCGAACUGAACACUGAAGAGGUCCAGACUCCUGUUGCACAUCUAACCCUCGUUGAUGUGCUAUGGCGACCCACGGUGCUGUUGUUCACGGAACCCCUGGUGUUCGUGGCCACAGCUCUUAGCUCCUUCUCCAUGGGCUUGAUCUAUCUUUUCACAGAGGCGUUGAACACUGUCUAUACGUCUUCCGGAUUUGAUUUCUCUUAUGAGACGGCGUCUUUGCCAUUUCUCGCAAUGCUGCUAGGUGUAAUUUUCAGCGUCUUCACAAGGAUCCACGACAUGCACCGCUACAAAAGAGACAGUGCUCUCAAAAUCAGCACUGCAGAGCUCAAGCUAGUAGGCUGCCUUCUGGGCGCACCAGCUCUCGCAAUUGGACUGUGGAUUUUCUCUUGGACAAUCCCUCCCGCAGUAUCUCACAUCUCUCCGAUAGUCAGUAUGAUCGGUCUCAUAAUGCUCGGGUUUGCUGCCACAGAAAUUGCAUACUGCCUCCAGGGUUAUCUAACAGAUGCAUACACAGCAUAUGCGUCGUCUGCACUGUCAGGGCUGGCUUGUAUUAGGGCGGUGGUCUCUGGGAUUCUACCUCUGGUAGCAGGUGACAUGUUUCACACGAUGGGGAACAACAACGCUGGGAGUCUUCUCGCUGCUCUGGCAACUGUAUUCUCUAUUGGGCCGAUCGCGUUCUAUUUUAUUGGCGCGAAACUCAGAGCCAGGAGCCCAUUUGCGAGAUCUAAUGUUAUUGAAAACAGGUCAAGGCCUAACACGUGUGGACACCUCACCGUUCGUUCAGUUUAG